CGCCGCGUCGUGCAAGUUUCCCUCGUUUGCCGCCAAAACAGCACCUCCACUUCUCUCCGCCACCGCUUCACCGCCGUACACGUCCUCUCCUCCUCAAACGUCGCCGCAUUGACCUUUUCAGAUACUGUUGGCCUUGUGCAACAGGUCAGAGUUGAUUGACGCCACAUACUUUCAGUAAGUGAAACUUUUCAACUGAUCAAUAUGACGACUGCAUUUGCUAAGCCAGAGAAUGCUUUGAAGCGUGCUGAUGAGUUGUUAAAUGUCGGACAGAAGCAAGAAGCCUGGGAUACCAUUCAUCGACUUAUCACCUCAAGGAGAUAUAGGGCAUGGACUAAGACGCUUGAAAGAAUCAUGUUCAAAUAUAUUGAGCUUUGUGUUGAAAUGCGUAAGGGUGCUAGGGAUGGUUUGAACCAGUAUCGGAUUAUGUGCCAGCAAGUCAAUGUCAGCUCAUUAGAAGAAGUCAUAAAGCACUUUAUGCAUCUUUCUACGGAGAGAGCUGAGCUGGCUCGUAGUCAGGCUGAUGCCUUGGAAGAAGCCCUUGAUGUUGAUGAUCUAGAGGCUGAUAGGAGGCCAGAAGAUCUGAUGUUGAGUUAUGUCAGUGGCCAGAAGGGAAAGGAUAGGUCUGACAGAGAGCUUGUGACACCGUGGUUUAAAUUCUUAUGGGAAACCUACAGAACAGUGCUUGAAAUAUUACGGAACAAUUCAAAGUUGGAGGCACUUUAUGCGAUGACUGCACACCGUGCUUUUCAGUUCUGCAGACAAUACAAACGCACGACAGAGUUUCGUCGCUUGUGUGAGAUAAUCCGGAACCAUCUGGUAAACCUUAACAAGUACAGGGACCAAAGGGACCGUCCUGAUCUAUCUGCUCCUGAAAGCCUGCAACUGUUUCUUGAUACGAGAUUUGAGCAGUUAAAAAUUGCAACAGAACUUGAGCUCUGGCAGGAAGCAUUUCGUUCAGUAGAAGAUAUACAUGGACUAAUGUGCAUGGUCAAAAAGCAACCAAAACCAUCUCUACUGGUUGUUUACUAUGCCAAGUUGACAGAGAUAUUUUGGAUGUCCUCUAGCCAUCUGUAUCAUGCUUAUGCUUGGUUGAAGCUUUUUUCUUUUCAGAAAAGCUUCAAUAAAAACUUGACUCAGAAGGAUUUACAAUUAAUUGCAUCAGCUGUGGUCUUAGCUGCUCUCUCAGUUCCUCCCUAUAAUCGUGGGCAUGGGACAUCUCAUGUGGAACAAGAAAAUGGAAAAGAACGCAACUCAAGGAUGGCUAAUCUCAUAGGGUUCAUACUUGACCCUAAACUUGAGGGUAGAGAAGUGCUCUCACGGUCAUCCCUUCUGUCAGAAGUGGCUUCCAAAGGUAUCCUGUCCUGUGUAAUGCCAGAAGUAAAGGACCUCUAUUAUCUUUUGGAGCUUGAGUUUCUUCCUCUUGAUCUUGCAUCAAAAGUACAGCCGUUGUUGUCCAAGAUAUCCAAGAUUGGUGGUAAACUUUCUUCAGCAUCCUCUCUACCAGAAGUGCAGCUAUCACAAUAUGUUUCUGCACUGGAGAAACUAGCUGCCCUGAGAUUGCUGAAGCAGGUGUCUGAAGUGUAUCAGACAAUGAAAAUUGACAGCUUAUGCAAGAUGAUUCCCUUUGUUGAAUUUUCCUUCUUGGAGAAAAUUUCUAUGGAUGCUGUCAAGUACAAUUUUCUCUCCAUGAAAAUUGAUCACAUAAAGAAUGCUGUUAUUUUUAGUAGCAUGGAUAUCGAAGCUGAGGGCUUCCGGGGCCAACUGAUGUUUUUGGCUGAGUUAUUGAAUAAAUCAAGGGCAAUGAUACACCGACCAGAAGAGAAAGCUUCUAAAAUCGGACUUGUGCUUCCAGGUCUGUCAGAGACUGUUGAAAAGGAGCACAAGAGACUUCUUGCUAGGAAGUCAAUUAUUGAGAAACGCAAGGAAGAACAAGAACGCCUACUUUUGGAGAUGGAGCGGGAAGAGGAAACUAAAAGGCUAAAACUACAAAAGUUAACUGAAGAGGCAGAACAAAAGCGGCUUGCAUCAGAGUAUGAACAAAGGAAGAAUCAACGAAUACUUAAAGAAAUAGAGGAGAGAGAACUUGAAGAAGCACAAGCAUUACUCCAGGAGGCUGAAAAGCGCAGUAAAAAGAAGGGAAAGAAGCCUGUCCUAGAGGGAGAAAAAGUGACAAAGCAAACUCUAAUGGAGUUGGCACUGAGUGAGCAACUCAGAGAAAGAUUGGAAAUGGAAAAAAAAUUGCAGAAGCUUGUUAAGACAAUGGAUUUUUUAGAAAGAGCAAAAAGAGAAGAAGCAGCCCUUUUAAUUGAAUCUGCCUUUCAACAUCGUCUGAUUGAAGAGAAGAUCCUUCAUGAACGCGAACAGCGGCAAGAAAUUGAGUUGAGUAGAGAGCGCCAUGAUGGAGAUCUCAAGGAGAAGAAAAGAUUGGUGCGGAUGUUCGAACAUAAGCACCAGUUCCAGGAUAAAGUCAUGAACCGUCGGCAGACAGAAUAUGACAGGCUGAAAACUGAGAGAGCAGAAAGGAUCAAUCACAUUCUCCAACAGAGGAGACAGGAGAUGGAAAUUAAGAGGAAGAUGUUGUUCUUUUUGAAAUCUGAAGAGCAAAGGCUGAAAAAAUUGCAGGAAGAGGAGGAAGCUCGUAAGCAUGAAGAGGCAGAGAGGCAAAAGAAGGAAGCAGCUGAGCACCAAGCAAAGUUAGAUCGUAUAGCAGAAAAGCAGAGGCAACGGGAACAAGAAAUAGAAGAAAGGCUGAGAAAAUCAAGCGACGGCCCUGCGAGACAUUCUGAUCUGAAUGGUGGAGGAAGUGGAUCUGACUCCAGAACAUCUGCUACUGCUCCAGCAGCAUCAGCAGGACCACCCCUUGGAAGGUAUGUUCCUAAAUUUAAGCAGCGGCUUGACAAUUCUGGGCAGGGUCCUACACCAGAUUCUAUGCAGUGGGGCAAUGGAAGGGCAGAUGAACGCUCCCAACCAAGUGACAGGUGGCGCAGUGAUGAUCGACGCCCCACUUAUGGUUUUGGUGGUGGUAGCGGCUCAAGGUCUUCCUGGUCAUCAUCAUCUGGACGUUAAAAUACAAUGCAUUCAAGAGAACUUUUGAGAGCUCGAUUUCUUUGAGCAUGGAGAUUGGUCGCCAAUGGAGACUAAAUUCAGGGCUAACUGCUGCCCUUAAUUUUGAGUUUUUUUUUUGGGCUCUUUUUAGAGGCAUUUAGCUUUUUCCUCGAGUAAUGUUCCUUCCCUUCUCGGCAAAAGAUCCUUUGUUUGUCCCUUCUUUACGCUUUUCCCUUUCAAUAUCGACAAACUGCAUUUCCUUCAAAUGCUCUUGGUAAUACUGUAGAAAAUCUAUGGGAGACUUCCUGGGCUGGAAGUCAUUUUGAGGUGAAGUAGCCAAUUUCCACCUUUUAUAUAUUAAUAACAAAGCACGACAGUUUUAGUGUAACCAACCCCUUUAGUGCUAUCUUAUAAUUUCCAAUUUGCCCCUUUGUGUC